AACAUUGUCAAGUGUGGUUCGAUUUUGUAAUUUAAUUGAGAAUCUUUUUGGAUAAUUCGAUUUUUCAAGUACCAUAAACUGCCUUAGCAUGCCAAACUCUGGAAAAUACAAACGAACAAAUGAAGACAACAGCCCAGAACCAGAAUCUCAAGUGCCUUUUGAAGCAUUCAUUCGACCGCCAUUGAGAGCAAUUGACAAAUAUGCAGAAUCAAAGAUUUCAUGGCUUUCACAUCGAUACACAGUUGCUGUUAUGGCAUUUCUAGGAUUUGCUGUCAUUUAUGGAACUCGAUUUAAUUUGAUGAUGGCAAGAAUGUAUUUCGAUAAAAUUAAACCUGAAAACGAAACAAGACUUCACUGGAGCACAGCAAACAACCUUGAUUCCUUUUCACUUUUAAGUAAUCUUGUCGCACAACUUCCUGGUGGAUUGCUGGCUUAUAAAUUUCCAGCGAAUAAGGUUUUUGGAUUAGGAGUUGUCUGCUCAGCAGUGCUGAAUAUUCUCAUACCGAUGGUCACUGAACGUCAGAAAAUUUUGGUUACGUUUUACUUUUUGCAAGGAUUCGCUCAAGGUGUCACCAUUCCAGCUUUGUUUGGAAUUUGGAGAUUUUGGUCGCCUACUUUUGAGAGAAGUAAAUUAACUACAAUAGCAUUGAGUGGAAUGUAUGCUGGAAUGAUGUUAGGCACCAUCAUAUGUGAGCAUCUAUCAAACUCGAUUCAUCCGACAAUAAUGUUCAUUUUCUUUGGACUUCUCGGUAUUGUUUGGUAUGGAUUUUGGUAUUGGCUUGUACUCGAAAAGCCUCGAAAUCAUCCAACAAUAACAGAACAAGAGUUGAUGUACAUUGAGAAGUCACUGGGAGAAUCAGCAAAGCAUCAAGUGCCAUGCAUACCGUGGAUCAAAAUUAUGACGUCAUUACCUGUGUUUGCAAUUGUUAUUGCUACAUUUUGUCAAAAAUGGAGUUACUACACACUUGGAUACUAUCAAAGUAGAUUUUUAAGGCACACAUUUUCGUUUAAGAUUAAUGAGGACGGAUUAAUCGCUAUAUUGCCUUACAUUAUGAUGAUCAUAAUUUUACUACUCGGUGGAUUUUUAUCAGACUUGUUACGUCAAAAACGCAUCCUGUCUACAACAAAUGUUCGAAAAUUUUUCCUCUGUGUCAGCUUUAUAGUCCAAGGAGUGUGCUUGCUGUAUUUACCAAAUGUUCACACUGCGCCAAGAGCUUUGCUGUUGAUUUUGGGCUGCAAGGCAAUGAGUGGAUUUGCUGUGUCAGGUUUCAUUGUUAAUCAUUUGGAUAUAGCACCAAGAUACGCGAGCAUAAUUAUGGGAAUAUCAAACACUGUUGGAUUCGUAGCUGGAUUAGCUUGUCCAAUUCUUACAGACUUGAUGACAUUUGACCAAACUGACAAAGGUGUCUGGAGCACAGUGUUUUCAUCUGCUGGAGGUUUACUUAUAGCAGGAGCUGUUUUGUAUGUAAUAUUGUCAUCCGGACAGUUACAAUCAUGGGCUGAGCCAAAAAGAGAAGAACAAAAGGUCUUGAGCGAAAUUCCUGAAGAAAAUUCAUUAAGAAAUGACACCAAAGAAGUUUAAAGUGACAAGGAUUAGUUUGUUUUUGUGUAGACAUGCUUCAAAACAGCAUUUAAUACGUUUAUAAGAGACAAUAGUUAAUUAAAUAAUCUAGCUCGAAUCAAGCUCGAAUGAGACAAAGAAAAAAUCGUCGUCAAAAAGCCUUUAAGACUGCCUUAUG